AUGAAAAUAUCAGGUGUCUUUCUGCUCCUCUCUCUGGCUCUUUUCUGCAGAGGCAUAGAAGUAGAAGUGAGUCACAGGAAAGAAAUCAAGCUGAUCAACACCAGCUUACAUUUGAGCCAAGUCUGGGAUUCUAUACAAAGCCACAGAGGAGAAACUGGUGUUUUGAAUCAAGAGAAAAAGUCUCUUUCCGGGAGAAGAGAAGAGGGCGAGGGGGGAAGGGAGGGGCUAGAAACGCCCAAAGCGAAUGUUCUUGCCAAGUACUACUUCCGCAUCUGCUUUCUAAAGGACGAGAGAGGAUGGAUCACGAGAUCGCAGGGCCGGUUGCCAGGGGCAGGUGUCUUAAGGAGACGCCUCUUUCAAGUUGACUGUGCUGAGUUCCGUGACCCCAAGAUCUUCUGCACCCGGGAAUCUAAUCCCCAUUGUGGCUCGGAUGGCCAGACAUAUGGCAACAAAUGUGCCUUCUGCAAGGCAGUGGCGAAAAGCAAUGGGAAGAUUAACCUAAAGCAUCAUGGGAAAUGCUGA